UUCCCUGACUUGCCCUACGAGCUACGGCGCAAGAUCUGGCGCAUGCACCUGGAACGGCCACGCAUCGUCGUGGUUAGAGGCGUACCAGACGGCUCGGGCGUCCAGGCCUCCGGCAACGACCUGGGCAACAUGGCGUGCAACGCAAACUGGUACUGCGAGAACAGGAGCCCGGCGCUCUUUCGC